CUCUCCAACACAGUAGAGAGAGAGAGAGAGAGAAACUGAAACACUUCUAGUGAGAUAUGAGAGUUCAAGAUAGGUGUUGUUUUAUCAUUUAAAUAUUAUUUAAUAUUUAAUUUAUUUAAAAAUAUUUUGUGUGAAUGUGAUGAGGCAUGAAGGUGUGAUGCUGUUUAUGGUUUGUGUAAUCAUUGUUGUUGUUCAUCCGUUGAAGCUAGUUUCUGCUAAUUUGGAAGGUGAUGCUCUGCAUAGCUUGAGGGUGAAUUUCGACGAUCCAAAUAGUGUCCUUCAAAGUUGGGAUCCGACCCUCGUAAAUCCCUGCACAUGGUUUCACGUCACCUGCAACAACGAUAACAGCGUUAUACGAGUUGAUUUGGGCAAUGCAGCUCUAUCUGGUACAUUGGUUCCACAAAUCGGGCUGCUAAAGAAUCUGCAGUACUUGGAGUUAUACAGCAAUAACAUAAGUGGCCCGAUUCCUAACGAUCUUGGAAACUUGACGAAUUUAGUGAGUUUAGAUCUUUAUCUCAACGGUUUCUCCGGGCCCAUCCCGGUUACAUUGGGGAAGCUAUCAAAGUUGAGAUUCCUGCGGCUUAACAAUAAUAGUUUGACUGGUCCAAUCCCUAUGCAGUUGACCAACAUCACAUCGUUGCAAGUGCUGGAUCUAUCAAACAAUCAUCUUUCAGGAUCGGUUCCAGACAAUGGCUCAUUUUCACUGUUUACGCCCAUCAGUUUUGCUAACAAUCUGGAUCUGUGUGGCCCGGUUACCGGCCACCCGUGCCCUGGAUCUCCGCCGUUCUCUCCACCGCCACCGUUUGUGCCGCCACCUCCAAUCCCUGUACCAGGUGGAAACAGCGCAACUGGAGCCUUAGCGGGAGGGGUGGCGGCCGGGGCGGCUCUACUGUUUGCCGCCCCUGCCAUUGCGUUUGCAUGGUGGCGGCGUCGGAAACCCCAAGAGUUUUUCUUUGAUGUACCUGCUGAAGAAGAUCCUGAAGUUCAUUUGGGACAGCUUAAAAGAUUUUCUUUACGCGAAUUACAAGUCGCAACCGACACUUUUAGCAAUAAAAACAUAUUAGGUAGAGGUGGAUUCGGGAAAGUAUACAAGGGCCGUUUGGCAGACGGCUCACUUGUUGCGGUUAAACGAUUGAAAGAAGAGCGUACGCCAGGUGGCGAACUCCAAUUCCAAACCGAAGUCGAGAUGAUUAGUAUGGCGGUGCACCGUAAUCUACUACGGUUACGAGGAUUUUGUAUGACACCAACUGAACGGUUGCUCGUUUAUCCCUACAUGGCUAAUGGCAGUGUAGCCUCAUGUUUGAGAGAACGACCACCAAACGAACCGCCUUUAGAUUGGCCAACCCGUAAGCGAAUCGCGUUAGGAUCGGCCCGCGGGCUUUCGUAUUUGCAUGAUCAUUGUGACCCGAAAAUCAUUCAUCGCGACGUUAAAGCGGCAAACAUUUUAUUGGAUGAAGAGUUUGAGGCGGUUGUUGGGGAUUUCGGGUUGGCUAAGUUAAUGGAUUAUAAAGACACACACGUUACAACUGCGGUACGUGGUACGAUCGGUCAUAUUGCUCCGGAGUAUCUCUCAACGGGAAAAUCUUCUGAAAAGACGGAUGUUUUCGGGUAUGGAAUCAUGCUUUUGGAGUUGAUUACGGGUCAACGGGCUUUUGACCUUGCUCGACUUGCUAAUGAUGAUGAUGUCAUGUUACUUGAUUGGGUUAAAGGGCUUUUAAAAGAACGAAAACUAGAAAUGCUUGUGGACCCGGAUCUCGAAAGUAAUUACAUCGAUUCGGAAGUGGAACAGUUGAUCCAGGUGGCAUUGUUGUGCACACAAGGGUCGCCAAUGGACCGGCCCAAAAUGUGCGAUGUGGUGAGAAUGUUGGAAGGUGACGGGCUGGAUGAACGAUGGGAUGAGUGGCAAAAGGUGGAAGUUAACCGCCAAGAAAUCGAUCUUGCACCUCACCCGAAUUCGGAUUGGAUUCUUGAUUCUACUGAGAAUCUGCAUGCGGUUGAGUUAUCGGGACCGAGGUAAAGGCAUAAGGUUUAUUUAUUAUGAUUUGUUAUUUAGUUUAUGGUGUUGGUUGAAUUUGUGAAUAUUUGAGUUUGUAUUAACGGGCUAUGAUAACGUUAACGAUGAGUUA